GCCACUUGCAGUAGUCGUAGCUGUCAUCGCAGGGGCUAUGCCCGCAGGAGUGGCUAUAGAACUCGGCGGUGCUGCAAAUGCAAAUGGACUAUUUACGACUGUAGCUGUAGUUGUAGGAACCGUCGUUGAUGCUGUGAAAGCAGUUACAGCUGGUGUAGCGGCAGCAGUAGUACCUGAUGCGGCCGCUGGUGUGACUGUGGCAGCCGUUGGUGUCGGACCAAAACUGCUAUGGAACGGUGAAGAUGCUCUAAUGGUGCCAAGCGGGUUGGGAGAGGUGACAUUGUUGGUACUUCUCGAGCUCGGAUUUGCUAGAUAGGGUAUACAAUUCACUGCCUCGACUGGCUGGGUGUUAUUCCCCCCAAAGGUGCUAGAAGAACCUGUGUUGGCAAUAGGGUUCCCUGCAUUAGACUGCCAAUUUCUAGAUGGCCAAAGGCCAGCAGAGGUCUUUCGUGUCGCCAUUCCUGGUAGUGUUGUGAAAUGGAUGAAUGGAUGAAGCCAAGGAUUUGUGUGAGAUUUUACAUUCUUUCAAAACCAAUAAGAAGCCACUAAAAAAUCAAGGAAGGAUUGACCGCAUUCUCUUAAUUUCUCCCUUGAAUUAGUA